CAGUGGUGGCGGUCGGGAUGCGCAAGGAGGGGAACGAGCUCUCUGCUCCGGCAUCGCGUGCUCGGGACCUGGGAGCGGCUGUCCCGCUGCAUUGAACCGAUCCAAGCAGGGCGCUGCGGGCUCUCGGCCCCCGGUGGCCGCGCCUCGACGAGCGCUCGCCCCGCACCCUUCCGUGCGCGCUCCUCCCUCCUCUUCCUUCCUGUCUCGUUUCUCGCUCAGUGCCGGGCCGCGCGCCCCCUGGGCCAGCAGGGACCCUUCGGACCCCCGCGGACCCUCAGCCCCGGCUCUGUGCCACGGGCGGGACGCGGGGCUGACGGCGCUGUUCGCUGUGCAGGCAGCGUACGGGAGACAGCGCGGCUCCGGGAUGUCCCAACUGCCUGCCUUCACUCUCCGAGUCCCUGAGAACACUGAGAGCGAUGGCCAGGAGCCGAGCCCGGACAAUGAGGGAGCCCUGCACAGCUCCUUCUGUGAGCUCAUCGAGGAGCAGAGCAGCCUGGUGGCAGGGGCAAUAGAAAUGGAGCUGCAGGAGAGGAGCAGAGAGCCCUCGGCUCUCCUGCCCCCCCUGGACCCCAUGGCCACUGCUGGACUGGAGCCCAAGCAGGGUGAGCAGCACCCCGGCUACGCCACCACCCUGCGCAUCCUGGCCAACAUGCCCAGCCACACCAUCGGGCGCAGCCGUGGGGCCAUUAUCUCUCAAUACUACAACCGCACGGCACGGCUGCGGCGUCGGAGCAGCCGUCCAUCCCUGCAGCAGCUCAGCCACACAGCACGGCCCAGCCUGCGGCAGUAUGACCUGGAGAGCGACCCGACCAACGCCACGCUGGCAGACAAGCAGAGCCUGCUGGCAAAGGAGCUGCUGAGCCUCCCACCUGCACAGCGUAGCCAAGUGCUGCUGGAAGUGCCUCUCAGCCUGGAGGAGAAACGCAGCCUCCGGAGGCAGCUGAGCCAGAGGAGGAGCACCCCAGGGCUACGUGUCCACUCUUCAGAGCCCACCUCUCCUUGUGCAUGGUGCCAGGACUGCAUCGUGCUUGGCUGCCGGACCCUCUGGUACAGGUUCCUGGCACUGAUCCAUGCCGCACAGCCUUGGCACUACGCCUUGAAGCAGAUCAGUGGCCGCUUUGGUUCCAGCGUGCUCUCCUAUUUCCUCUUCCUCAAGACACUCCUGCUGUUCAACAUCAUCUCCUUCCUCCUCCUUUUGGUUUUUGUGGUGGCCCUGCAGGCUGCCUAUCCCCCUGCUGUGGCCAGCCCCCGUCCCUUCACUGGCCUCGAACUCCUCACCGGAGCGGGCUCCUUCACUCACUCACUGCUGUACUACGGCUACUACAGCAACACCACCCUGAACGACCCCUCUGCAUCUAGCCCCAGUGGCAGCACGAGCCCCUCCAGAGCCACCCAGCUCCCGUACAACAUGCCACUGGCCUACAUGUUCACUAUUGGGGCCAACUUCUUUGCCACCUGCAUUCUGCUGAUGUACAGCAUGUACCACUCCUUUCUGAAGAGCUACCGCGUGGGCAGCUCCACAGGAGUCCUGGCCAUCAAAAUCUUCUCUGCGUGGGACUUCAAGGUGGUGCAGAGGCACUCAGUGAAGCUACAGAGUGAGAACAUCUGCACUCAGCUGAAGGAGCUGCUGGCAGAGCAGCGAUUGCGCUCCUGCCCCCUGAGCCUUCCCCAGCGGCUGCGACACAUCACUGUGCUCCUGCUUGCCUGGCUCUUAGCACUGGGCACGGUGCUGGGCUGCGUGGUGGCCGUGUACUACUUCUCAGAGCUCAUGCACAUGGUGCAGCAGAAACAGGGAGCUGCAGCAGGCAGUGUGUGGCUGCAGGAGGGAGUCCUGCUGGCCCUGCCGUUCGUCGUGUCACUCCUCAACACGCUGAUGCCCCACUUCUACAACCUGCUGGCAGCGUGGGAGAAGCAGGAUUCCCCAGAGGCAGAGGUCUACGUGGCCAUCUGCAGGAACCUCCUGCUGAAGAUGGUGGUCCUCGGCCUGCUCUGCUACCAGUGGCUAAGCCGCAGACUGGUCUGCUCUGCCAAGGAGUGCUGGGAGACGUGUGUGGGGCAGGACCUGUAUCGCUUUGUGGUGAUGGACUUCAUAUUCACUCUGCUGGAUACCGGCUUUGGGGAGCUGCUCUGGAGGCUGAUUCUGGAGAAGAAGCUGAAGAGUAAGCGGAGGCCUGAGUUUGACAUUGCCCAAAAUGUGCUGGAGCUCAUCUAUGGGCAGACCCUGACCUGGCUGGGGGUUCUCUUCGCACCACUCCUGCCAGCAGUGCAAGUAGUGAAGCUGCUGCUGCUCUUCUACAUCAAAAAGACCAGUCUGAUGCAGAACUGCCAGUCCCCCAGCAAGCCCUGGCAAGCAUCUCAUAUGAGUACUGUCUUCAUCACGCUCCUCUUCUUCCCGUCCUUCUUGGGUGCAGCCAUCUUUGUUUCUUACACAAUCUGGUGGGAGAAACCAUCAGAAACCUGUGGCCCCUUCCGGGGGCUUCAAACCAUCUACCAAACACCGAAGGUCUGGGUGGAGCUGCUGGAGGAGUCCAACCCCAACAUCGCUUGGUUUGGCUGGAUCCCCCAGUACCUGGUGGAGAACACUGUCUUCCUGUUCUUUCUCACUGGGAUGGUGCUAGCCGUCAUCUAUUUCAACAUCCAGGUGUUGAGAGGGCAGCGCCAGAUCAUCUGCCUGCUGGAGGAGCAGAUUGCCAACGAGGGGGAGGAUAAAAAAUUUCUCAUUCAGAGGAUUCACUGCAUUUAUGAUGAUAAAGUGCACUGUGCUUGAUGCCAGUGUUACAGACCCAGGAGGGAGCAGGGCAGAACAGGAACGCUCACCAGCAGGGACUGGAGCCAGCAGCUGUGUGGCAUUGUCCUGGGAGCAAAGAACUACUGCACUCUUGAACUAUUGCUCUCGAAGCAGCCCAGGACUUCUGGGCAGUGCUGCAGCACAGAGAUAAGGGUGCUUCCCCCAGAGCCCCCCAUGGAGCCAGGAGCACAGCCCCACUGCUGUGUCCCAGCACAGCUCCGUGGGACCGGCUUGCGCACACAGCUGUGCUUACAAACAACUCUCCCUCGUGCAAACUGCCCGGCCAGCCUGGAAAGCAGCAUCUUGGAGCCCGUUGGAAUGGAGGUGGUGAAGUUUUCUACCCCGUGAAGGAAACCGGCAUGGUGUGUGCAGUGAGCAGGGCCGUGCAGCAGGACGGGCUCAGAAAUAAACCGGCACUCCCCAGUGCUGCGUGGGCAGGGAACAAAAAGGCUCUGUUCGGGGCUGUCACCGCUCUGAAAUAACCAUUAAAUGUCCCCAUCUUGCCUCCGCAGCAGGACGCUUUAUGUUGCAGUACCUUAUCAGCAGCCCCUGCACGGUGGAGAUAAGGGAACAAAAACUAAUCAGCACAUGACAGUCGGGGCGGAGCAAGAUAUGUUUGUUCUGGGUGUAGCCGGAACCCAGGCAGCCACCCAGGGCUUUACCGAAAGCGUUUGGUGCUCCAGCACUGCAGGGGUGGGGGGUGGUAGGGUGAGGGUGGGCAGGGGGCUGAGCCAUGUCUGUGGACUCGCAACACCUCAACAGGUCACUCAGCACAGGCACUUCCUACGGCACCACAAAGGCUAAUCUUCAGAUUAGGGUCCUGCGGGCCGCUCCUGGCACCAGGCUCCCGGCCCGUAGGGCUCCGAACCAGGCGGUGAGUCAGAACAGCAGCCAACCGCCGUGCUCAGCUUCCUGUUUUGAUUCAGCUCGCAGCCUGAGCGACAUUCGUGAGUGUGUGACGAAGCUCCGUGGCAAAAUGGUGGGCUUUAAAAAGCAGCCCCAGUUCCACCUGCGGGUCGGGGCCUGGAGGGCUCCUUCUAUGAAGGGCAGGAGGAGCUGAGGGAGUACUGUGAGGUGCUCUACCUGCCGCAGCCCACCAAGAUGGAGGUGGUGGGCACGGUGGAUGAUGUGCCCUGUCUGGCCACGGGGCAGCAGCUUGUCAUCCUCGUUGCUGAGAGUGGGGAGGUGUAUGCUUACGAGGAGGAGACGCUACACAAAGUUGCCAAGAAUAUGCAAGAAUUCACGGAGAUAGGGCUGCAGCACCUGGGGAAAGAAGUCUUCCACUGCGGAGAGCACAUAGACUCACUGCGUGAAGCGGAGCGAGACAAAGACCCAACAAUCCAGGAGCUGAGGCAGAGUGCUCAGCAAUUCCUUGACGGAGGGAAGGAGGACUUCCAACGUCUCCUGGACUUGCUGUAGAACAAACCCGUUGAUGCUUGUUGAAUCUGUCUUGGAAUCACUUCAGACCACCACCGCUUGUCCUGUUCCUUUUGCUUGGAAGCAGAAAACAACUCGCACCUCGCCACAAACUCCUUUCACGGAGUUGAAGAGACUGAUAAAAUCUCUCCUGAGCCUCCACCAGAUUAAAUCUCAAUGGAUUUGCCCUUAAAAUUGCACUUUUAAAGGUUAAUCACUGUGUAAGCCUGUGUCCUGAAGUGAGAUUUUUCUUGCACAAGCACAAACUUGCUUUAAUCAAACAUUAAAGAUUUUAAAUAUACAGGA